AUAUUUAUUUGGCGUGACAACUAGAAAUGGCGGUCAGCUUUUCUAAUAAAUAAAUUGAAUAUUUGCAUUUAUUUCUGUGAAAAUGCAUAUAAAACAGGUCAUCAUCCAAGGAUUUAAGAGUUACAGGGAGCAAAUUGUGGUUGAACCGUUUGAUAAACGACACAAUGUAGUGGUUGGACGUAAUGGUUCUGGAAAAAGUAACUUUUUCCAUGCCAUCCAAUUUGUACUUAGUGAUGAGUUCUCUCAUCUCCGGCCAGAACAAAGACUUGCUCUUCUCCAUGAAGGUACUGGGCCAAGGGUUAUAUCAGCUUUUGUGGAGAUUAUAUUUGACAACUCUGAUAACAGGAUUCCAAUUGAAAAAGAUGAGAUUUUCCUUCGUCGUGUCAUAGGAUCGAAGAAGGAUCAGUUCUUCCUUAACAAGAAAGUGGUGCCACGCUCUGAAGUUCUCAACCUUUUGGAGAGUGCAGGCCUCUCAAAUUCCAAUCCUUAUUAUAUUGUAAAGCAGGGCAAGAUUAAUCAAAUGGCUAUUGCACCAGAUUCACACAGAUUGAAGCUGCUGAGAGAAGUAGCGGGCACUAGAGUGUAUGACGAGAGGAGGGAGGAAUCGGUGGCUAUACUCAAAGAAACUGUUGGCAAGGUGGAAAAGAUCAAUGAAUUCCUCCAGACCAUAGAAGAACGGUUGAAGACGUUGGAAGAAGAAAAAGAAGAAUUAAAGGAAUACCAGAAGUGGGACCGGGCGAGACGCGUUUUGGAGUUCAUAAUACAUGACACCGAACAUAGAGAGAACAAGAGAAAGCUUGAGGAGUUGGAGAAAUUGCGUUCAAACAGCGGUAAAGAACAGCAACAUUACGCCGACAUGGUGAGAGAGGCGCAGGACCACGUCAGGGAGGCGAACAGGAAAUUGAAAGAAGCCCGCAAAGAUGUGGCCGCGGCUCGCGAGGAAAAGGAUAUACUGUCAACGGAACAACAACAGUUGUUGCGAGAGAAGACCAAGCUGGAGCUCGGCAUCAAAGAUCUGACAGACGACGUCGACGGCGAUAACAAGUCUAAGGAAAGGGCCGAAGCGGAACUGGAGCGUCUCCGCCAGCAGAUUUCGGAAAAAGAACGCGAACUAGAAGAAUUGAAGCCCAAGUACGAGGAGAUGAAGGCUCGUGAGGAGGAAUGCACCAGAGCGUUGGCACUGAACCAGCAGAAACGACAGGAAUUGUACGCGAAACAGGGUCGCGGGACACAGUUCACUUCCAAACAGGAUAGGGAUAGGUGGAUCGAGAAGGAAUUGAAGUCCUUAAACAAACAAAUCAAGGAUAAGAAAGACCACGAGAACAAACUGCGCGAGGACCUUCGCCGCGACGCGACCAAACUGACGGAACUGGAGAAGCGGAUUGAAGAGAUGACGAAAGAGAUGGAGAGGCAGCGGGUGGCCAUCGACGAGCACAACAAACAGUACUACGAGUGCAAGAAGAGGAAGGAUCAGGAACAGAGCGCCAGGAACGAGCUUUGGCGUAAAGAAACUACUCUCACUCAAAACUUGUCUUCACUGAAAGACGACUUGGCCAAAGCUGAUCAGGCGCUUCGUUCUAUGGCGGGAAAGCCAAUCUUGAACGGCAGAGACAGUGUACGCAAAGUAUUGGAAACAUUCCAAGAGCGAGGCGGCGAGUGGGCCAAAAUAGCGACGCAGUACUACGGACCCGUCAUAGAGAACUUCACCUGUGACAAGACUAUCUAUACGGCUGUCGAGGUGACAGCGGGUAACAGACUGUUCCACCACAUCGUUGAGUCGGACACGGUGGGCACCAAGAUCCUGAAGGAGAUGAACCGGCAGAGUCUGCCCGGGGAGGUCACUUUCAUGCCAUUAAACCGGCUGCAAGUCAGGGAUAUGGUGUAUCCUAAUGACAAUAAUGCAAUAGCCAUGGUGCAGAAGUUGAAGUACGAUCCAAAAUACGCAAAGGCAAUGAAGUAUAUAUUUGGCAAAACUCUCAUCUGUAGGAAUCUAGAGUGCGCCACUGAGCUCGGAAAGCAAUUCCAUUUGGACUGCGUCACUUUGGAAGGAGAUCAGGUAUCGUCAAAGGGUUCGCUAACUGGCGGUUACUUCAACCAAUCACGCUCCAGAUUGGAAAUGCAGAAGACUAGAUCGGAACUGAUGGAACAAAUCACAUCACUGGAGCAAGAACUCAGCACGUUGCGACAGGAAUUAAGCAAAACUGAGACGAGUAUAAACAGUAUAGUUUCGGAGAUGCAACGCACUGAAACUAAACAGGGAAAAGCUAAAGACAUAUUCGACAAAGUGAAGGCGGACAUCCGGCUGAUGAAGGAGGAGCUGGCGUCCAUCGAGCGGUUCCGCGGGCCCAAGGAGCGCUCGCUGGCGCAGUGCCGCUCCAGCCUCGAGGCCAUGCAGGCCACCAAGGAGGGCCUGGAGUCCGAGCUGCACCAGGAACUGAUGGAACAAUUAUCGACGUCGGAUCAAGGCAAAGUGGACGAGCUGAACGACGCUAUUAGGAGACUGACGCAGGAGAACAAAGAGGCGUUCAGUGCUAGGAUGAACCUUGAGGCCACAAAGAAUAAACUGGAGAAUCUGUUGACGAACAACUUAAUUAGGCGUAAAGACGAAUUAGUACAAGCACUGCAGGAGAUAUCUGUAGAAGACCGCAAGCGGCGGCUCGCGAACAGCAAAUCCGAUCUGUCCGCUUCGGAGAAACGCAUCAGGCAGAUCAACAAGGAGAUGGAGGAGGUGGAGAAGAAGGUGCAGGCAGCUGUGAAGAACGAGAAGGCUUUGAAACUUGAACUCGACAAGUGGCGGAACAAGGAAAAAGAAGCUCAAGACAAAAUGGAGGAGGACGCCAAGGGGCUCGAGAAAAUGGCGUCCAAAGAAGUGUUGCUACAAGAGAAAAUACAAGAGUCGUUGGACAAAAUCGCCGCUUUGGGAACGUUGCCGAACGCGCCCGAACUACACUCCAAAUAUCAGAAGAUGUCAUUGAAACAGCUUUUCAAAGAACUGGAGAAGGCCAAUCAGCACCUAAAGAAGUACAAUCACGUGAACAAGAAAGCGUUGGAUCAAUUCAUCAGCUUCUCGGAGCAGAAGGAGAAACUGUACAAGCGGAAAGAGGAACUGGACAUUGGCGGCGAGAAGAUUCGCGAACUGAUUGAAACGCUCGAGCACAGAAAGUUGGAAGCCAUACAGUUCACGUACAAGCAGGUGACGAGGAAUUUCACCGAGGUGUUCAAGAAACUAGUGCCCCAAGGGAGGGGGAGCCUCAUAAUGAGGACAGGCACCGAUGAGAGCCAGGAGGUGAAUCCUGAUCGUGCUAACGCUGAUCAGUUCACGGGCGUGGGCAUAAAGGUGUCAUUCACGGGCGGCGAGGGCGACAUGCGGGAAAUGAACCAGUUGUCCGGCGGUCAGAAGUCAUUGGUCGCGUUGGCGCUCAUAUUCGCCAUACAGAAGUGCGAUCCCGCGCCGUUCUACUUGUUCGACGAAAUCGAUCAGGCGCUAGACGCGCAGCAUCGUAAAGCGAUAGCGAACAUGAUUCACGAAUUGUCUUCCUCCGCUCAAUUCAUCACGACCACCUUCAGACCUGAACUGUUAGAGCAUGCUCAUAAAUUCUACGGAGUCAAAUUCAGGAAUAAAGUGUCUCACGUGGAUUGUGUUACACAGGAAGAAGCCCGGGACUUUGUGGAGGAUAGCGUUACGCACGCUUAGAUCAAAUUUUGAUACAUUUUUCAAGGAAUAACAAAUGUCAGGUUUGGGAACUGAUGAAACGCUCCCUGAAGAUUUACGAAGUCAAGAUUUUUUAAAGAUUUUAUAUAGCCCGACCAAAAUUAUUACAGAGUUGGCAAAAUGUACACAAAAAUUAAGCAUAACCCGACGCUUUUAUUAAGUCUGUCUUCUUAAUGGCUCUUUUACUAUUCAUCUUUUAAACAAAAGUAAUAGUGGACUAUUGUCAAAUCAUUUCACUCGAUAAUGAAAUAACUAUUUGGUGUUGCUAUAUAAAAGAACUACCGCCCUCAAUAAAAAAACAACGGUCUUAAUUUGUGGUCAAGCUGUAUAAAGAAUUUUAAAGAUGGUAGAUGAACGCUGCCAUGGAAGAUGCCGUCGAGUUAGAAAUGGAUUCUUCAUAAUCAUAAUCCUACUAAUAUUAUAAAUUCGAAAGUUUGUGAGGAUGUCAGUAUGGAUGUUUGUUACUCUUUCUCGCAAAAACUAGUGAACCGAUUACGAUGAAAUUUGGUAUGUGGGUAGCUGAAGACUAAGAAUAAAACAAAGGCUACUUUUUAUCCCAGAGUACUCGCGGGUUGAUAGGAAUUCCAUGCGGAAGAAGUCGCGGGCGGCCUCUAGUAAUUAAUAAAACCAAAAUGGCGGUGAUCCACGCACGGGCUUAAAUAUCAGGUCGCAAGUCCCCAGUUUCCUGUAUUGAUUUACAGUUGAUAAACGUGCAGUGUAUAAUGUAAAACUAAAGUAAGACACUUUGUGGAGGAUUAUAAGUAUACCGACACAGUCUGGGGAUGUUUUUUCUGAAAAUUAGUUAUUUUAUUUUUAAAUUUCAGAUAUGCACCUACAUGAAUCCGACAUUAGACAAAACUUGUGUACGUUUCAAAAUUGUGACUUUUAAAUAGGGAGAGUUGUGGUGCUUGUCAAGUACAUAAUCCUAAGUUUGAUAGACAUUACAAGAUUUUAAUUAAAAAAUGUACUCCAUGUAAAUUUGCAUUUUCGUAAUUUAUUUAACGAAAUGGUGUUGCAGUAAUAAAUUUUCGUGACAAUAUAAUGGCCGGCCUUAAUUUAUUUCUUAAUGAAUAAACUACACUAUCAAACACUACAAAACACAAAAAUUAAAGUUUGACAUUAGGAUUUUGAUGUGAAGUAACAAGUGACUGUCCUGAAGUAUAUUUCGUUUAGUUUGAUUACGAAUUUCCCCAUUCUUUGGCACAACUACAAAUUAAUAGAAUAUAUACCUAGUUAAUAUUUCCAUAUGUAGGCUUAUGUUAGUUUUAAGUUUAUAAAAUAUAAGAGUUAUUACAAAACUCAUUGGACAUAAGUACCACGGCAAGAUCGUGAAAAACGUAAAAAUAUUCGUUUUAUUUUUUCGUAAUAUGUUAAUUAUUUUGUCUUUAUAAUUUUGUAAUUAUUGUAUUUGUUUAUAGUGGUUUAUCAAGUGACAGCUGCACUUACACAUUGGACAAUAUAAAUCUGUAGAGAUGAUUAUAACAAUAUGAUUUUAAAGGAAUGCAUAAAAAAAUGGGAACCUACAAAAUUAAUGUUUGUUUCAAAUUGGUGACACAAUUUUUCUGAAUUGUGGUAAGCAUCACUUUUUAUGCUUUCAUAAGAUAAAGUGGUGCGUGUUAUUUAUAACUGAAUAAAAAUUCCAUUUUUAUAAGAAAAUCA